AUGCCCGGCAGUGGAGCAUUCUGGGGCUUGACCCCCAUUAUCGACAUCCAAAAGACAACCUUGGCGUUGGUCUUCGGUGUCUCACUCUCAUUCUACCUUCUCAUCAUCCACCUGACGGUACCACCCCCAAUCCCGGGCAUCCCUUACAAACGGAGAUGGCGAUGGAUGCCAGCGGGACACCUCGCCCCCCUCGGCACUUACUGGCUCCUGAGCGGCGAAGCAUUCAGCUGGUUUUCUCGGGAAUCACUCGAUCUCAAGUCACCGAUCGUGCAGAUAUUCCUCCCGACCUUCUCCCUCAGGAGACCCACUGUGAUUCUGGCCGACCUACCAGAAAUCGAGGAAAUCGCCAUGAGGAAACUGGGUGAGAUGGACAGGGCGUCGCUCAUCCACGACAUGUUUGGCUUCAUCAUGCCGAACGCAACGUUCAGUAUGAAGACAAAUGACAAGUUGAAGUCUCAACGACGCUUAUGGGGCGUUGUUUCUUCAUCGCAGUUCCUCCAUGAGGUCGCUGCUCCCAGGUUCCAUGAGUCCAUAUCACGACUCAUCGACUUGUGGAAGCUCAGGUCCAAGGCCAACAACCAACAGCCAUUCAGAGCUACAGAUGACCUCAAAUCAACCGCUCUAGACGCCAUUGGCGCAAUCUCAUUGGGCUUAGACCUUGGCAUGCUCCAACAAGAGAUACAAAAAGUAAACCCUAAAGCGCAAUCACUAAACAAAGGAGAUCUUGGACCAUGCAGGGAUGGACCGCUGUUGGUUCACUCAAUGGAAAUUUUGCUCCAAUGUCUCAACUGGGUGACGACGAGCAUCAGUGUGCGUCUGUCGAAGUGGGUUAUAGGUCAGCUCUCAUACUUUCGCCGUGCCCAGGCUGCCGUCACAAACAUCCUCAACUAUGAGAUCAAUGCUGCGCUUGUUCGCAUUCAGAGUCAAAAUGGAGACCAGAGACAUCCGAGAUGUGGCUUACAGGAAGUCUUGAAAAGAAACUCGAUGUUCUACAUCGACCCAUCAACUCAAGGCCAGAUAAGGGACGAGUUGUUCCAGUUCCUCAUCUUUGGCCAUGAGACAACAAGUGCCGGGCUCGGAUGGGCGUUGAAGCACCUGGCAGACAACCAGGCUGUACAAGCACGCCUGAGAAGCGCCCUCGUUGACGCUUUCGGGCUCGAUAAACCUGGACUCCCAACUGCUUCUGAUAUCGCUUCAACAGAUGUGCCAUACUUGGAUGCGUUCAUUGCCGAGGUCCUCCGUGUAUCGUACCCUGGCCCUGUGGCUUUCAGAGAGACGAUCACUGGGUGCCAGAUCCUAGGAGUCAACAUCCCGGCUGGGACCCCCGUUCUCCUAGUUACAGGUGGACCCUCUCAUUUACAGGAAUACUAUACAGAGUACGGCAGUGAGCGGAAAUCCAAACGCUGGGACACCAACUUGGCACCCCUAGAUCAGUUUGUGCCAGAAAGAUGGAUGCGCUCCGAUGGCACAUUCAACGCCAUUGCGGGCCCAUCCUUGCCGUUCUCGACCGGUGCGAGAGGUUGUUUCGGAAGGAAAAUUGCGUUAUUGGAAAUGAAGUUUAUGAUAAGCAUGCUUCUUCUCAGCUUCGAGUUCCCUGAGCUUGAGAGUCGCCUGAGCACAUAUGGGUCGACAGAUGCCCAGAUCAGACGACCUACUCAGUGCUACGUUCAACCAAUGUAG